AGUCACAUUUCCGUCAACGGCGUAUUCGAUGGUUGCGAUCGUUUGGCAGGGUUUUGUGAAGACGGAGCCGCAUCCGACCGAACUUUCACGCUCAAACCGACAAUUAUUGAAUUAAAGCCGCUUUAUCCACGUGGUGAAGUUGCCCGAAACAAGUGAUGGUGUCGUCAUAGCAACGUCGGGUUGGAUUUUUCCCGACGAUGCACCGCUAUCUUGUACUUUCGGCCCGAUAAACAACAGCGUCGCCGGCGAUUUUGACGCUGUUCGCGUUGGCAAUUGAUAUCGUCCAACCAUGAUUUAAUUAGGUUCCUUUUUUUACCGUUAACGAGUGGUUAAUUCGCGUGAGAACGGAUCAAAACAUGUCGCACGCUGGUCCGAAACGUCCGUGUUUCCGUGGGAGAUUGCGGUGGUGUCUGUGAUUCCGUUUUGUUUAUUGCAGAGAGCGCGUGACCGGAUAAAAUGCAAUAAAAAAAGAAAAACGCGAAAAUGAAUAGGACUCUUUGUAUCUUGGCUGUGAGUGCGAUCUUAUAUGCAUUUGUUUACGCUAACCUAGAUGAAGAUGAAGACUACGGCGACGGGGAAGAAUACGAAGACGAAGAUUUUUCCAACUUGAACUCCACUUCAAACGGAACGUUGGUUAUCGUCAAGGGUCUGACAAACAUCACCCGAGACCCCGGAAAGACCGCCAAGAUCGUUUGCGAAGUACAAAAUUUAGAUUUAAACAGCACGAACAAAGUUACAUUUAUAUGGAGGAUAAACGAAGUGCCUGUGACGACCGAAAGCAAUCGGAUUAAGGUUAAGAAUUUCAAGGAAAAAGACGGCAGAUGGAGGUCGGUCUUGCGAAUCUCGAAGUUGGAAUUCUUCGAUCAGGGUUUCAUCGAGUGCGUGGCCAGUAACGGGGUGGACCGGAUCAAAUCGAGCUGCGCACUGCUGGUCAACCCCGAGUCGUACAAGUGGGCUGCUACUUCGGCUAUUAAUUCCCUCAAAGGCGGCAGUGCCGAUCCGGUGAGUUUCGAUGACAUUACGACCUUUCUGCCCAAUUCGAUAUCGAAACUCGGCGAAAAAGAUUACCAACAGCCCGAGAUGGCGGACAAAUCUAAAACGUUUUCGGCACCGAUCCAAUUUGACCUGGACAGUACCGGCAAACUGACUGACGAAAACAUCGAAAAGACGAUCCCUUACAACGCCACCGAGCCCUUUUGUCAAGUCUACCAGGGCGGAGUCUGCAACGAUUGGCUGGCCGGAAAAUACGUUUUCGUACAGCCCCCGUAUACUCAGGGCGAGAUCGAGAACAAGCUGUUCAGCUCGCUUGCGGUGAUAUCCAGGUCCAACGACAUCUCCCAGAGCUGCAGCAAAUUCGCACAGCCGAGCAUUUGUUUUUCCGCCUUCCCGCUGUGCCUGGACUCGAAACAGAUCAACGAAUACCAGCGGUCUCACGCGAAAGAUUUCAAACUGAUCACCAACGCCGCCAAGAAGAAGUUCAAAGACAUCCGGAAAAAGCUGACCAACUCGCUCGGCAGGAUUUGCAGGGACGAGUGCAUGCUGCUCGAGACGGAACUGUGCAGCAAAGAGUAUUCGAUAGCCAAACGGCACCCGGUAAUCGGUCAAAUAAUGGAAUUGGAGGUGUGUGAAAAUCUUCCAGUCGAAUUGGAUCCGAGUUCUGCCCACUGCGUGUCGGUCGGAGUGGGGGACUUCAAGGGCAACAAGGACGAACAGUGCUACUGGGAUACCGGUAAAUUAUACAGGGGCGUUCAAAACACGACGAUGUUCGGCGAGGACUGCUUGAAGUGGUCGCACCAGUUUCAUUUGCCCAUUUCCGACUAUCCCGAAUUGGCGGGACACAAUUACUGCAGGAAUCCGGGAGACACGGAAUCCGAGCCAUUCUGCUAUGUGAAACACAACAGGAAGGAGCUUUGCGGCAUCCAAAAAUGCGUGUACGUAUUCGGUACGUACGUGAUAGCGAUCCUGCUGGCGAUAUCUCUAUUUGCCGGCCUCGUUUUCGUCUAUUGUUACUGCAAAAGGAGGAACAAGGUGGCUAGAAAUCUGCAAAACAAGGACCUGCCCCAAGUGAACAAAAACAUCUACGGCAGUCCCGGUCCCUCCAGUCCGAUCGAACUUAACAGCCUUCUGCCUCAGAACAAUUUGCCUACCGGCCAUAGGAACCACAACUCCAAUAAGAUAGACUACCAGAAUUUACCCCAGUACACCUACAAGGAGGUUCGGUUCAUUAAAGAAUUGGGCGAAGGCGCUUUCGGUAAAGUUUAUCAGGGCGAAUUAAAAACCAAAAUGGGGAAGGUGUUCGUGGCAGUGAAGUCUCUGAAGGAGAACGCGUCUGAGAAGACCCAGGCGGAUUUCCAGCGAGAAAUCGAGCUGAUUUCGUUGCUGAAACACCCGAACAUCAUUUGCCUUUUGGGCGUGGUGAUGCGGUCCGAGCCCAAGAUGGAGCCCAGCUGCAUGUUAUUCGAGUACAUGUCGGAGGGUGACCUUCACGAGUUUCUAAUCGCGAACUCGCCGGAAAACGCCAAGUGUUUGAGCCACGAUCAGUUCCUCGAUAUCGCCAUUCAAAUCGCUCAAGGAAUGGAGUACCUCUCCGGUAACCAUUACGUACACAGGGACUUGGCCGCGCGGAACUGCUUGGUCUCCAAAGACUUGGAGGUGAAAAUCAGCGACUUCGGGUUGAGCAGGGAUAUGUACUCGUGCGACUACUAUAGGGUUCAAUCUAAGUCUCUCCUGCCGGUCCGUUGGAUGCCCCCCGAAUCGAUCCUCUACGGGAAAUUCACGACCGAGUCCGACGUGUGGAGUUAUGGCGUUGUUCUAUGGGAAAUCUACAGCUAUGGGUUGCAGCCGUAUUACGGAUACAACAAUCAGGAAGUUAUCAGCAUGAUCAGGUCGAGGAAGUUGCUGCCGUGUCCCGAUUCGGCGCCCAGCUAUUGCUACGCCCUCAUGGUCGAGUGCUGGGCGGAACAGGCCAAUCGGCGUCCGAAUUUUGCCGAAAUCACCGAGCGGCUGAAAGUUUGGAAACAAAGCGGCUGCACCAAUGGGGCGUAUUUCAAAUCGUUACCGCCCUCGUGUCAACCAACGCCGCACAGACGCUGCGCUAACGGUUCCAAAUCUAGCCACACCUCCGAUUCGCAGACCUUAUGUGUGGCCAACGAUAAUCCGCUGUCGUCGUUGACGUGGGAACGCGAGCAUCCCAGUAAGCCUUCAUCGAGCCGUCACGACAGCCAGAGCAGUCUCACGUCGCGGUGCUCCAGCCUGGGCAACACCAACACCACCCAGAGUACCAACAUCAGUUUGGAGGGGCGCAGGGACAAGCGGCCAAGCAGGCGCAACGUCGACUCGUUAGAGAGGCCCCUCCCCAAACACACCGUAGUCAAUAGUAGCACGAGCGGGGACAAUUUCGAGACCAAAAUCAGAGAUUGAGCGUCGGAUUUUAUUUUGAGUUUUUUUUAUGUUUUAUUUAACCUUGUUUUCCUUCCCCAUUGGUUCCUAUAGCCCCGUUAUUCCAUCAAAUACUUAAUUUUGUUCUUUUGCAUACAGGUUGUUUCUUUUUUAAAGCGGAACUGAGUCGCUUAUAUGCAAGAGAGACCAGAUAAGUUAUUUAGAAAAUGUGUAUUAUUCUGAUUUUGGAUAUAAUGGCUUGCUGUCUUCUGUUCCUAUUUUGUUGUGCUGGCCUGGUACAGUUGGUUGUUAUAAUUUGUAGCCAUUUAUCUGUCCCUCACUCAUUUUUUUUAUGAACUCUUCCUGUGGCUUAUUUUAUUUUUCUCCCAUUUGCCGUUUCGUCGGUCGGUUGUCAUAAUUAUUUUUGUUUUCGUCCCUGUGCUUUUGAAAAUUUUAUUUUUUCUUUCCCGCGCCCCCAUUUAAAAAGGUUUUUAAAACUUUCUGUAAAUAUUCAUUGGUUGUUUGCUUAACAUUUAAGGUAAAUAAGUCACAUCUAUGCCAAAUUAUCAAUGUUAAUAUCAUUAUUGUAGAUUUAAGAUUGCUAUAGCGAUAAUAAUAUAGUUUUUUAUCCGUGUAAAAGAACAAAACGAAUUUUUUAUGUAACAUCACGUGUGAAAAGUUAAGUAUCAGUGGCGGUGAAGUUAAUUUUAAUACAGAGCGAUAAAAAUUCUUAGAUUAGUCGUCAUUUGGCAGCUACAGUUUACCCUCCUAGUUAUUUAUUUUUUCGAAGCCGUUUAAAACUUUUUUUUAUUUUCACAAAAGUAUCUGUGCG